AUGUCCUCCAUCCUGCCCUUCACUCCUCCCAUCGUCAAGCGGCUCCUGGGCUGGAAGAAAGGCGAGCAGAACGGGCAAGAGGAGAAAUGGUGCGAGAAGGCGGUGAAGAGCCUGGUGAAGAAGCUGAAGAAGACGGGGCAGCUGGACGAGCUGGAGAAGGCGAUCACCACGCAGAACAUCAACACCAAGUGCAUCACCAUCCCCAGGUCCCUGGAUGGGAGGCUGCAGGUGUCCCACAGGAAGGGUCUCCCCCACGUCAUCUACUGCCGGCUGUGGCGCUGGCCCGACCUGCACAGCCACCACGAGCUGCGCGCCAUGGAGAUGUGCGAGUUCGCCUUCAACAUGAAGAAGGAUGAAGUCUGUGUCAACCCCUACCACUACCAGAGAGUGGAGACCCCAGUGCUGCCCCCGGUGCUGGUGCCUCGGCACGCAGAGAUUCCAGCCGAAUUCCCACCCCUGGAUGAUUACAGCCACUCCAUCCCAGAGAACACUAACUUCCCUGCAGGUAUCGAGCCCCAGAGCAACUACAUUCCAGAGACCCCUCCUCCAGGCUAUUUGAGUGAGGAUGGAGAAACCAGUGACCACCAGAUGAACCCCAGCAUGGAUGCAGGUUCUCCAAACUUAUCACCGAACCCCAUGUCUCCAGCACACAACAAUCUGGAUCUGCAGCCCGUGACCUACUGCGAGCCGGCCUUCUGGUGCUCCAUAUCCUACUACGAGCUCAACCAGAGGGUGGGAGAGACUUUCCACGCCUCGCAGCCCUCCAUGACCGUGGAUGGCUUCACUGACCCCUCCAACUCGGAGCGCUUCUGCCUGGGUUUGCUCUCCAACGUCAACCGGAACGCGGCCGUGGAGCUGACGAGGCGGCACAUCGGCCGCGGGGUGAGGCUGUACUACAUCGGCGGGGAGGUGUUCGCAGAGUGCCUCAGCGACAGCGCCAUCUUCGUGCAGUCCCCGAACUGCAACCAGCGCUACGGCUGGCACCCCGCCACGGUCUGCAAGAUCCCGCCAGGCUGCAACCUGAAGAUUUUUAACAACCAGGAGUUCGCUGCCCUGCUGGCACAGUCGGUGAACCAGGGCUUCGAGGCCGUGUACCAGCUGACCCGCAUGUGCACCAUCCGCAUGAGCUUCGUCAAGGGCUGGGGCGCCGAGUACAGGAGGCAGACUGUGACCAGCACUCCCUGCUGGAUUGAGCUGCACCUCAACGGGCCCUUGCAGUGGCUGGACAAGGUCCUCACACAGAUGGGCUCCCCCAGCAUCCGCUGCUCCAGCGUCUCCUAA